UUUGCUUUUGGUGUCGUCUGCCUUUCCAUUAGAAACAUCUGCCUGGGAAUUUAAAGUGAAAAAAAAAAAUCAUGUGCAACAGAAGAGGAGAAAUUCCAAGUUGUUCCACUUCACCAAAAUCCCUGUUUCUAUGACUCCUGUGCUGACCUUCUCAACAGCGAAUGGACCCGGAGUAAAACAGCUCGCCUUCAUUCCCUUCGUGUGCGUAACAGUUGGUGGCCUCAAUGAUUCAAACCCAGUCAAAUGCAGUCGGGAUACCGUCAUUGUUCCAGACAAAAGUCUCCAGCAGGCAAUCAGUGACAACAAAUAUGAUGCAGUUGUUAUUCCAGGAGGAUUAAAAGGAUCGCAGCUUAUCAGUGAGGUAAACAGGUUUCACUGAUAUUCAACCAUUGUG